AUGAUACAAUAUAAACCUGGCCUUGGAAUAAAUGCAUGGAACCCUUGGAAACCAUUGGAACUCACAAUAACCGUUGGUAUAGUUGCUUCUUUGAUUCUCCUUGGUUUAGCACUCGGUUUAGGUUUGGGCAUUGGACUCAAUAAUGGUAGUCAAGAUUUGACUCUGACUGUAUCCACAAACACAACAAUAACAACAACAAAUAGCACAAAUACGACAACAACAUCAACAACAUCAACAUCAACAACAUCAACAAGAACCACAUUAACAACAACAUCGUCAUCAUCAACAACGACAACAACCGCAGCAGCGGGAAAAUAA